AUGAUUGUUCAACGGACAACGUCGCUGCUCGCCAUCCUUGCCGUGGUCGCAUGCGCUUUAUUCAUUCUUUCCAAGUCAACAAACACAACUUUCGAAACAGUUUCUCAUGUCAAAUUCGGCCCCUCGCGGUACAUACCAACGAAAUUCCCCUCAUUUGAAGACAUCCGCCAUCCUUUCCGCCCGGCGGCUCACGAACCUCCCGAGCAAGCACAUAGCACUAGCGGCGAGUCGAAAUGGUUCAGCGAUUGGAAAUGGCUUCAUCCUUUCUCGUCGUCCAUUACGCUUGACGAGCAUCGCACUGUGCUCCCUCCUUUACCCGAGCGUCCACCCGUGUAUACCUUUUACGAGCCGAACAGCAAGUAUGACGAAGCCCAAGAGAAGGCGGAUGGCCAGCUUCUUUUGGCGUGGAGACGUGCAUGGUAUGCUAAGGGCUUCCGGCCUGUCGUGCUCAGCCGCGCCGAAGCGAUGAAGAACCCUCUAUACGAGGAAGUGCAACGCCGCGAAUUGAAACCAGAAUUGGAACAAGACUUCUUCAAAUGGCUGGCCUGGGGUCAUAUGGGUAGUGGCUUAUUCGCGGAUUGGCUGUGUUUCCCAAUGGCUCGUUAUGAUGAUCCCAUUUUCUUGUACCUCCGAGCCGGCGCUAUACCUACUCAUAUUACCCGAUUCGAGACGCUGGAUCGAGCGCUCUUUGCCGGUGAGAAGACGCGCAUUAACGAUGCGAUAAAGUUUGCUAUUCAAGACCCCAGAGACGGUGCUUCGUCCAUUCUGUCUGUUAUCCCGCCAGAGUUCUUCGCGGUAGAGCAAUCCAACGCCUUGGCCUACUAUUCACAGAGCGUCGUAACAGCCAGUUACCCUCAACUCGCCGAGAAAUACGCCUCGGACGCCGCAGCUGGCCGGCAGGCUCUAGCUGAGCUUAUUGAUGCCCAUCUCCAUACUACAUUCCUCAAUAGCUUCCCAUCAGGAUUUACAGUGCUGAAGCCCAUCCCUGAUCAUACAACAGCAUUGGUAGAGCCUGCCAUGCAUCUCGCACAAGCGCUUUCCAAGUGUCCUUCUUCCGAGUUGCCCGGGCCGUGUCCGCCUAAUCGGCCUAAUUGCCAGCCAUGUAAUUCGAAGUCGAGGUCGGUUUCUAUCUCACAACCAAAGUCCUUCAACAAUGCCAGCGAUAUCUAUACAAUUGGCGUCUUACCACAUCCUCUCACUCUGAUUACUCUUCAGCGUGGAUCCGAUGAGGUCGAUACCGCUUAUAUUCGACGCGAGACAACCCGUGAUCCGUGGCUGGCCGAAGUUACCACGGAACUAGUUGGUGCGAAUCGUGCAGGCUCUACCCGAGUAGUCGCUUUUAAGGAGGUGGUUGCUGGCGAGGAAUAUGCGCACAGGACCUUCUGGAUGACUGUUGAAACCCUCUUGGCUAAGGAAGGCGAGGAUCUCCCCUCGACAUUAGUCUCUGAAUUGUCAUGGAAUUUUGGAUUUAAAGUUGACACCGAGGACGCUGAAGACGACGCUAAGAAGUUUCAGGAUGAAGCAAAAGAACAGCCAUCCUUAGUCAAAGAGUAUGAGUUGAUUGCGAAAGCGCGUAAUUGGCUUCACGACCAGCCGAACCGUGUCGGUCUGCGUAAUAUCGCAGAAGCUUGGAAUCUGGCAGAUAUUGAGGUUUGGCGAUUUGUCCAGGCUUACAGGGCACGCAGUGUCGUGGAACGACAACGAUGGGAGAAAGAAGAGCAGAACUUCCUUGGUGCUCGAGUUGACUGA